AUGCACUUUGAUUCCAAAGUAAAUUAUAGCCUGAGCAGAUUCUUCCACAAUGGUCAAGAACUACAGAGGCAUGCAGUUUCUCUGAUUAUCUCCAAAAUCCGAAGCAUUCUCCGCUGGUUUGAGAUCCAGACUCAGCUGCAUUUCUAUGCCAGCUCUCUGCUGCUGGUGUAUGAGGGCUCUCCUCACACAAUCAAUAAAUCCAAACACAAGCCAGCGGAUCCAGCAACAGAACAUCAGCAGGGGGAGCCACAGAGCAAGGCUUUGAGCUUUCAGAGCAGUUUAACACACAGUCCUCCAUACUGCCACGACAUUCAGCAUGAGAGAAACACCAACGGAAAACAUGGAGGAAGUAUAGAAGAGCAAGAUGAGGAAAUUGGAAUGGGGGAUAAGAAGCAGUUUGGACAGGAGGAGACAGUGAAGGUGAAGAUGAUCGAUUUUGCUCAUGUAUUUCCCAGCGACAGUCCGGAUGAGAGCUACAUGUACGGACUCAGGAACCUUCUCUCAACUUUAGAACAAAUACUGAAGGACUGACAUCUGUCCAUCUCUCUCUUCACUGGUCGGAUCUUUCUGACUGUUGUUUUAAAGCCAGUGCAGAUCAUUUCACACACAUACACAAACAUUGCUGAUGCCUUAAUUUGGAAAAUAGGUUUAUUAUAUAUUUAUAGGGAUAUUUUUCUUAAUCUUUUGAGAUAAAAGAGUUCAUUGUAUUUUGAAAACACUUUCAGAAUUUAAGACUCUGGAUAAGAAAGGCUUGGCUGUCAACAACUAAAAAUGUACUAAAAAUAUAGGUACUGUAGAACUCAGGGAAAAAUAAUUAUGAUAUGAUAAAGCAGUUCAUCUGUGCUGUCAAAACACUUACAAUGUGAGUUACUGAUGUCUCAUAAUGACUCCACUUCUGAUGCAACUAUUGCUGUUUUUAUUCUAAAAAUGCACUUUGAUUCCAAAGUAAAUUAUAGUUAGAUUUAUUUUUAACAUUUAUAUUGACCUUAUCA